AUGUUCCAGUAUCAACAUCAUCUUGCGAGCCAGCCGAGCCCGCAAGAUCUCGAUGACUUGGACGAGAGACGGCAAAGCACUACUUCCAGUGCCCUACAGCAAGACUCCGAAAGAAACUCCUUGACCACUAAGGAAGGCGCGCAGAUGCAAACAUUCUCCAACUCGGGCGGACAGACGCCAUACCAGCAUCACCAUCGCCAGGGGAUCGACAGCAAUCCUUUGCCGACCGAUCGCCAGCGUACCGCAAAUCUGAUCAAUCCGACUGCGGAGAUGAUGCGYGGACUCGUGCUUUUUGGGAAAUGGCAUUACAUUGUCGAGUGGAGCAAGGAUCUAACAUCAUUCUCAGCUGCCCACCUGUGGUUCUACUCCACUGGAGGACUAUUUGUGUGGCAGCUACUGCCGAUGGAGAGAAAGGCAAAACUAUGGACGACGUGGAACGAGCAGGCUAUGGACCUUCGCAACGAGUGUGGCGCACGCCUUGCACUCUCAAGUCUACUUCAGCACUUCGCCUCCCUUCACGAUACGCCGCAACAGGAUCUCAAGGCCGUGAGGAAUCCACGCCAGUCUGUGACAGAUCAAGAAGCGGAAGAGAUCGUCAACGUUUUUGAAAUCCUGCUCUGGAAAGCCCGUAACGGCGAUCAUGAAGUACGGCCAAGUCUAUCACUUGAGGGUACUGGAAUGAUUCACAAGCUGUGCAAGAGAGCAGGAACACCUUCCCACUACAUCGUUGAGCUAUUCUGCAUCAUGCGCUUGUGCGGUAUGCCAUUCAGGCUUCGAGCACCAUCGCCAUGGAGCGCCAUGCUUGCUGGCCUAGAUUUCCACCUUGUCCAGGGUGGUUACAUCGCGCAAGACUUUGCGACCUCGCUACAGGACCAGUACUUUGCCGGCGAGCAGCUUCAUCCAGACCUUGGAUCGCAGAACUCAUCUCCUAAAUCCUUACACCACCAGCAGAUCAUCCGUCCCGCAGGGAAUGCCAGUCAAGGAGGGGACGCUGGCGCAUAUCAGUCUCAAGCCAUCGCGGCCCUUGUCCAAACCCAAUCAUUCCAUUCAGGCCUCAACCAACCAGUUCUUCCACCUGUACCUCUGGCCACUUCUGGGUUGGCGCCAGUGGCAGCUCAUCCUCCAGUGACACAAGCUAAUCGUCUGCCGGGUUGCAGUUUCAACACUCACCUAUUUCCAAAUCUCCAGGCUGGGCUCGCAUCCUACUACACUCGCAAUAUCAAAGUUUUCAACAUCCCGCCGAAUGACGAUGAUGUCAACACUGUGAAGCUCGAUUGUCAGCGCCACGUCAACGAGCUAUAUAAUGCCAUGGUGGAAGACCCUAUCUGCACAACGGCGGCUCAGACGAGCGGUGUGGACGUCUACAAGAAAUACAUCGCCGACAAGCUCAAAGACGGUCUAGCUGACGAACGUCAUCAGCGACUUGCGUGGAGGAUGUGGCAAGCAAUCAUCGAGCUGCACGAAACAGGUAUGCACAACUUGGAGUUCGACGAGAUCCAGGUCCAUACCAAUGGAACGCGAAAGAAGCAACUGUGGGCACAAGAUGCGGCCUUGACUCUGCUAGCCCGCCUUCAAGCCGUGAAGGAUACUCUGCGGCAAUACAAGCUGCUCGUCAAGGAUUGUGGACUGAAUGAGCGCUGCAUCCUGUUCGUGGCGUUCCAGCCAUUCAUGGAACGUGCGUUGAAGGAACAGUCGAAGGCCACCAACAAGAAUCGGUGA